AUGAGCACAGAAGAUCCCGAGGACAUACUCUCCAGUUCUUUGCAGAUACUGUAUGAGUACAAACCUAUUGCACUGACCUCUGCAGGUUCAGUCUUUUCUUAUACGUCUGAUAGUAUACCGGGAGGUCCGAUUACCCUUCGCACACCCGACACUCUUCCAUCCAACUGGUCACUGCAUGCAUCGUCCAUCUGGGCUUCGUCUCUUUUCCUUGUCGACCAUCUGCAGUUCCUAGAUCUCCCCGAAUCUCCGGUGGAAUCGUUUCGUGUACUGGAGUUAGGUGCAGGGGCGGGGCUCCCAGGAAUAACGAUCGCCCGUAAACAUCCCGUAAUACAGGUGACAGUAAGCGACUAUCCUGAUGAGGAGCUCUUCCGGACAUUGGAAGGAAAUGUCACCAGGAACGACGCGCAAGGCAAUUGUCGUACCGUCGCUUAUGCAUGGGGAUCAGAUCCGUCGGCUCUCACUGGUGAAGACGGUUUUGAUGUGAUAGUUGCCGCGGAUACGCUCUGGAAUCCGGAUUUGCAUGCGCUCUUCAUUAAAGCGCUGCAGUUGAUGUUGAAGAGAUCACCAGAAGCGCGUGUUCAUCUCGUUGCGGGUCUCCAUACAGGGAGAUACACGCUCCAGUCGUUUAUCGUGGCCGCAGAGAAGGCAGGAUUUACUGUCCUACAGUCAACAGAGAUGGAGAUAGGCGGUUCUCAUAGGCGAGCGUGGUGCGUCUCGAGAGUUGAAGGAGAGGAUGAGAAAGAGAGAAGACGAUGGGUAGUCUGGAUUGUCCUGAAGUGGACAUCAUUGGCGAAAUCGUAA